CACAACCUGAACCUUCCCGUGAGUCCAAUCUUCGAGUCCGAGCCUCAGCAAUAGGCUCAGGGCGACUGAACGCUAUCUGCAGACUGACUGUUGGAUGUCGCCGCUGCGUAUUCAUUUUCAGGCAUUCGUUCGACUCUGGCUGUAAUUGAGUGCACAUCAAAAUGCAUAGGACUCUGGCCGUUCCCGAAUUAGUCGACCUGAUUGCGCACGAACUUGAAGCUGCCACUCGUGGAAACUUGCGGCUCGGGACACCCCAUCUACCCACAUUUCUCGCACUCGCCCUCACAUCGCGCACAUUCCUUGAACCCGCCUUAGACGUCAUAUGGCGUGUUCAAACCGGCUUAGGCCCUCUUGUCCGGUGUCUACCGGAAGAUCUAUGGACGGUAUCAGAACUGGACAAUGAAUCUCCAGCCCGAGGAAUCCUGGUGCUCAAGGAACCAAAAAGACGCACAGUUCCACAGGACUGGCAUCGUUUCGAUUAUCAUGCCCGACGUAUUCGCAGUAUUUACCACAACACAAGCGCCGGCAAGCCGACCGCCAUGCAUCCGGCUCAUAUCAUCUCACGGACCCUCUGUGCAUGGCUCCUUUCGUCAAGACCUUCUUUGUUACUCCCAAAUCUGUCCUACUUCCGGUGGGACGCGGAGGACCCCGCGCUGGCCAAAGAUGAUGGUCCUUUGCAUCUGCUCUUUGGUCCCCGACUUUCCACACUGUACAUUGGAAAUUGGUCAUGCGAUUUUCCCGUCAGUGCCGCCAUCCUCGCCUUACGCCACCUUCCACGGUGCUCUCCCGCUCUCGAAGAGCUGGAUAUUGGGCUGUUGAUGGAUGGACCCUCGUCGUUGCGAGCCAUGACCGAUGUUCUUGCAACUCUGAAGGACCUGAAGCUGAAGGUUCUCUCAUCGCGUCUGCGCCCCAGGCCGAUUCAUCAUCGUUUGGUCCUACAUAUAUCAUCGAACAACUUCGCGGCCUUGACAGAGCUUCAGCAUCUCACGGAUCUGACGCUCGGCUGGGACGUUUCGUUCCGGACAAAACGUGAUAUCGCGGCUCCCAACCUCACCUUCAAUGUACUGAAGAGUUUGGUUCUGGAGUUUCUAUCCAUGAACGACUGUGUGGAUUUCUUCUUCGCAUGUCAGACUCCACGCCUGGAGCACAUCACUGUGUCGCCGAUUGACGUAAUCUCAGGCGGGCUGAACACCGUCGAUCGCAUGCUGCGCCUGAUUCACGAGCGGUGUCCGCAUACCACGAUGGAGACGAUCACAUUUGACAGUGUUUCCGAUUCCAUACACAGCUCGAACAACGAUCCGCUGGGUUGUGAGGACAUCACCAUGGCGACUCUACGACAUCUUUGCGAUUUCCAUAAUCUCAGGGACUUCGGCUUCUUCGUGGACAUGCACAUUGUACUCGACGACGAUGCCGUGAAGGAAAUGGCCAUGUCGUGGCCUCGCAUGAAGAGCCUACGUUUGUACAGCGCUGUCAGCUGUACCGAAGGGACGCAGACUGCGACGACUCUAGAAGGGCUGGCAUAUCUCGCUAGGUAUUGCCCCUCAUUGGAGGACUUCACGAUCUGCGUGGACACGUCCGCAAUCAUUACCUCAGCCAACGUGAGGCUCACUGGUGACUACUGCAACCAAACCCUCACGGGCAUGAGCUUUGACCGCUCUCCUGCUGUGGGGAAUCCUGCGGAUGUGGCAGAUUUUCUAUCCGCGACGUUUCCGAACUUAUAUUCAAUUGAGGAGUCCGACAUGGUUCGCGAUGCCAGUGGGAAAGCCUUUUGGCAGUCUGUAAGGGACAUACUCCGUCGACGGUUAGUUCAAAAGCGGGCUGAUACUGCAACAAACGGAGUUGCCGGGCUCGUUUGAGCACCGCCGUCCGCGUCUGUAGCAAGAGGAGAUGCACUAGCAUGCUGUAUGCACGUUGUUCGAAAUUAUGGUCUACUACUUGUCAAUUCCGUACUGUGAAAAGUGGUUCUUUCCGCUUUCCAAAUUCCACACAAGACAGCAGGCCUUCCUGGCCGGGUUGAUUCGAAUAGCAGGCCCCAGGCUCUCUCAAUCGGC